CGGGUGGGGAGGGGUCGGCGUUGCUGUGCGGGGAAGGGGAGAGAGGCGGACGAUGCCUCUGGACAACAUGGCCUCUCUGAUUCAGAAGGUGGCCAACCAGGCCCGCACCACGUUUAAAGCGGCCGCGCCGCUCUCGCUGGGGGACCGGGUGACCUUCCACGAGAACCUGGCCAACCUGAAGGGGCUGCUGGGCGAGGUGCGGGCCGAGGACCUGAACAUCCGGCCCAGGAGGAGCGCCGACUCGCCGCCCGUCGCCCCCCGGCAGCGGCAGAGCCGCCCUCCGGUCACGUACAUGCACAUCUCCGAGACCGAGGGCUUCAGUAUGGGGGUCUUCCUGCUGGACGGCGGCACCUGCAUCCCGCUGCACGACCACCCGGGCAUGCACGGCCUGCUCAAGGUCAUCUACGGCAAAGUGCAGAUCCAGUGCUUCGACCGGCUGGAGAAAGGCGACGGGCCCGGGGCGGCCAGCGGCCUGGAGUUCAGCUCCCCGCUCCCGCAGGGCCAGCGGGAGGCGCUCAGGGGCUCGGUGCUGCGCUCCAGCCAUCAGUUCGACGAAGCCCACGGAGCGUGCGUGCUGAGCCCCGACCGGGACAACUUGCACGAGAUCAGCGCCGUGGACGGCCCCGCCGCCUUCCUGGACGUUUUGGCGCCUCCUUACUGCUCCGCCGAGGGGAGGGACUGCCACUAUUACCGGGUGCUGGAGGUGUCCGGGAGCGGGGGCAAAGCGGGCCCCGAGCCGGCGCAGCCCCCGCGCCACGUUUGGCUGCUGGAGGUGCCGCAACCCGUCGACUUCUGGUGCGAUGCCGAACCUUAUCCCGGUCCCCCGGUGGCCCUCUGAGAAACGUGGGACCAGAGGUCUUCACAUACCACCAACCAACCCAUUCACUGUGGUUCUGCCAAUUCCACUUUGAACAGGCCAUUAAAAUAUACCUUGGACUGGCCAGAUUUAUCCUGUCAGGUUUCUGUGAAGUAGGAGCUGAGCCCUGUCCAACACAUUUCUGAUUAUUAAGCUGAGAUCUGGAAUUCACAGUAUGAAUAAUAUCAGGUAUUAAUCCACACCCUGCCACUGCCAGAGCACCAAGAUGCACCACUGCUUCAAUUUCUUAUGAUACAAAUCACAUUUCACUUGUCAAGUAAUUCAUUUAUUCUAACCGGUGAACUAAAAUAAAAAUAAUCCUUGCAUUUGGUAU